GUAGAUUACUAAUGUCUGUUUAAAGAUGGCGACUUACUUGAACUGAAGGGGCAAAUGCGUUCUGCAAGAGCAUAUACAAACUUGAGUCGACUUAUUUAUAUACGGGAAUCAUAAUGGUUUUAAAAAAUAUUUUGCGAACUACGGCGUUGGGUUUACAGACAUGGAGUGUAUUCUCAGGCGCGAGGCAGGCCAGCAUUGCCGUCUCUGCUGCCCUCAGGCAGUCUACAUGCAGCUCUUUUUCGUACUGGACGUUAACCCGUAAUUUUAAAGGUGAUGAAACCCUUCCAAACCAACCAGUGAGGCAGUAUGCUCGGCCCUCUAGGAAGAAACAAGAAUUCCCAAGUCAGCUUCAAGACCUGCAUCCAUCUUUGCUGAAGCAUGAAUAUGCGUCUGUCCCACUUGCACAAUCGGUUGACGAUGUGGUGAAGAAACUGCUUACGCUGGAGUUUGCAAAUCAUAGUGAAAAACUGCGUUUGAAAGAGGAACAGCUCAUUGCCAAGGUUCAGAGGGAUGAGAAUGACCGCACCUCAACAGAAGUCAAGGUAGCGAUUAUGACAGCACGUAUUCGCAACUUCCAGGAGCACUUGCACAAACACCCCAAGGACAAAGCCAACAAAAGAUGGAUGCUCAUGACCAUCGACAGCAGGAAGAAAAAGUUGAAGUUUCUGAGAAGGACCCGUUAUGAAUCCUUUGUGAAGGUGUGUCAAGAGCUCGGAAUCACGUACACAUUCCCUCCUGAAUACUAUCGGCGGGUCACCCGACGUUGGCUUGCCAAAAAAGCCUUCUGCAAUAAGGUCUUUAAAGAGGUCCAGAAACAAAAAGCAGAGCAGAGAGAGAAACAAAAAGCAACAGAGGCUAAAGAAAAAGAGCUAACAUCCUCGAAAUAACCACAAAGAACUGCAGUGUUCAGACAUGAACUGUCACUGUGUGCUGACAAGUUCAGAAGAACAAUCUGAUAUGUCCUCUUUUGAUUCAUGUGACGUUCAAAGAAAAACCAAACCGAAACAUGAUUGACAUCAAAAGAUCUGUGUGCUGUCAUUUAUUUGUCAAUGGUAAAACAUACUAAUUUCCCUGAAGUGUAUUCUAGUUGCGCCAAAUAAAAGAUCUUAAAAUGUA